GUCCGGCUGGCUAGAGAAGAAAUCUUGAGCGUCCACAUCGUCCUCCUGUCUGUGUCGCUCCCAGAAGCUCGUCGCCGCCGGCUGCAUCCCCGCCGCCCGUCGCCGCCCUAAACCAGCCCAAGAUCUGACCCCUGCCCAGGCCCUUCUGCUUCCGCUCCCGCUCCAUGGAGAGGGACACCAAGCCUUGGCUGAACAGCCAUCCGGGGCCAACGGCCGGCCUGCCCCUGCUCACCGACGACCUCAUCCUGGAGAUCCUCUCCCGCCUCCCCAUCAGAUCCCUCCACCGCUUCAAGUGCGCCUCCGUGUCCUGGCGCGACCUCAUCGCCGACCCCGCCAACCGCAAGAAGCUGCCACAGACCCUCGCUGGCUUCUUCUACAUGACCAUCAACAACAGGCUCGGCCACCACUUCGCCAGUGUCUCCGGCGACGGCGCAGCCCCGUUCCACCUUUCCAUCCCUUACCUGCACAAUAGCAAGUACGGCGGCAUCACCCAGUUGGACGCCUGCAAUGGCCUCCUUCUCUACUGUGGCUUCAAGAAGAAGAUGGAGAGUUGGGAUGAUUUCCGUUUUCUAAUGUGCAAUCCCGCCACUGGGAGGUGGGUAGAGCUGCCCCCUCGUCCGCCUGUGCCCGCAAGCAGAUAUUGCUGUACCACAGGUCUUGCUUUUGAUCCGGCAGUCUCGUCCCAUUUCUACGUUCUUCACUUUGAGCAGGCCGUUCCGGGAACUUACAUCACAGGAGUGAACAUCUACUCGUCGCGGACAGGAGCAUGGAGUUUCAGGAGUGGUAGGAUGGUUGAGAAAGUGGUGCCGCUCCAUAGUAAAUGUGUCUUCGUCGGCGGUAUGAUGUAUUUGAUUGGCAACCUGAUGGGCUUCAACAACAAGUACGUGCUGAUGGUGGUGGACACGGAGGGGGAAGUGUGGAAGACUAUCCCUGUGCCGUACGGCCGAGGAUCUGCCACGAUUGGAGUGUCGCAGGGGUGCUUACACUAUGUUGUAGCUUCAACGGUUUCAGUCAAUGAUAGUAAUGAAAUCCUAGGUUCUGGGAUAACACUUUGGUGCCUCAAGGAUCAUGACAGUAAAGAAUUGGUUCUAAAGCGUUCUGCCAACAUCAAUGAGCUUAUGGGCAUGAUUGGGGAGAAGUACAAGGUGGCUGAGAUUCAUCCAGAUUGUGACACCGUUUUCUUGAUGACAUCUGAAGGUGAUACCUUGGUAGGCGUAUGAUAUGCAACAUCAGAAAAUUCAUUUUACCCUUAAUCUUGAGAAAGGCGUUCCUCUGUUCUCAGAGUCAUUACCAGAUGCAGAUGGGCAGUAGCUUUACCUUCAAACAACCCCUGUGCUUCCUCCCAAGAACCGUCUCUUCUUUCUGCCGAACAAUUUGUCUGUGUACUUUGGAAUCUUCUUCAAUCAUGCUGCUCAAUUUGCUACUGCUUACACUCCCAUUGGCUUAAUUUCCAGUUCAGAACAAUGCUUGAACUACAGAUGAAGCAUAAUGUCAUUUCCAAAGAACAAUGUUACUCUUGGUCUGUUUAGCACUGGUUGUUGUUCUGGGGAUGUGUUAGUUCCAUGUGGCAAAACUAUACUGUAAUUGCUCUUCCUUUCCAUAACAAUCAAUUUAUUAUGGUUAUCCUAAA